AUGGCGGCACCUCCACAACAGCAAACAACACCUAGUGAUCAUCAUUACUUUGAAUGGGCAACAACAACAAAACAACAAAAAUUAGUUGAACAAUCAUUAAAAGUUGUACCUAUUGCUGUAAAUCAACAACAAGUAUCAACAAAUAAUACAAAUACAAAUACUACUACUAAUAUGGUACAUAAUCAUCCACAUCUUCAUAAUCAUCCAUUAAUGGCUCAUACUCAUCGACGUCAUUAUUAUCAACAUUUCGAAGAAAAACGUUCAUUGGAAGAUAGUAAACAAAAACAGAACAAAACAACAACUGGAAUUGUCCCAUCUACAAUGGCUAAUUCACCGAGUUUAUCACCAUCAUCAACAAAUUGUACUAGUAGUGGACAUGUAAGGAAAAAACAAAAAACAAAUACCAAUGGAAUUGGUUCAACAUCAUCAACAUCAUCACUUAAUACAAGUGAUGAUCAUACUCAAUCACAAACUUGUUAUCCAUUUCAAGCUGAAUUAACUCAAAAAAUUGAUAUUGAAUGUGGUGGUGGUGGUGGUAAUGGUAGUGGUCAAAAAGCUCAUACACCAACACAUCAUUUCACAUUAAGUACAGUGAUUAAUGUCAGUGUAAAUGGCCAAACAUCCCAACAACAAAAACCACUCGAUAUACUUUCUUCUCCAUCAUCUUCAUCUUUAUCACAGCAACAGUGUCCACUAACAUCCAAUGAUCAACAAGAUUUUCUUGUUCAUCCAUCUUCAUCCUCUUCUCCAUCGGUUUUAUCUACAUCAUCACCUUCAACAGCAUCACCAUCAACAAUAAUAAAUUCAACUAAUCUUAAUAAUAAUACAAAUACUAAUCCUGUAUCAAAUUUAAUAACUUCAACAUCUCCAUCAACAAAUUUAUUAUCACAAUCACCAAAUAUACUUCCUUUAUCAUCAUCAUCUUCUUCGUCUAUUUCAUUAAUACCAUUUUCCGAAUUAAAUUUUUCAUCCUAUAUUAAAGAUCUUGAUUUAACAACAUUCGAUUCAUUUAUUUUACCUAUAUGUCCUAGUCCUCAAGAUUAUUUAACAAUUGAUGGUUUAAUUACAUUUUUAAAUACAUUAAAUACAGCAUUUCUUGUGUCAGAUAAUAAUAAUAAUAAUAAUAAUAAUAAUUUAUCAAUACAAAAAACAAUUGAAUAUAAUAAGAGAUAUCAACAACAAAUGAUUACUAGAUCAGAUUCAUUACCAUUAAGACAAACACCAUAUUUACCAAAUACAACUCAACAGUAUUCUGAUGCAUAUCGAAUGCAACAACAACAAAUGUAUAAUUAUUCGACUCGACCAACACAUUUUGAACAACAUAAUCGUUAUUAUCCUAAUCGAUAUCCAUCAAUGAUGUCACCUUAUUCUUCUUAUCCUUCUUAUUCAUAUCCAUCACAUAAUCAACAAUAUCCAAUGUCUCAACAUUAUAAUUAUGCAUCAUCAACAAAUUCUUCAGUAAAUGUAUCAUCAACUCCACAACAAAAUUCAUCUUCAAUGAUAAUGACAGCCACAUGUGCAUCAUCGUCUUCCACAAUACCAUCAAUGAAUUCAACACAAAAUAGCCUUCCUUCAUCAUCUAAUUAUGGAUCAUCAUCAUCAUCAUCAUCUUAUGAUCCACUUUCAUCACAUGUUAUGCAUUCACCGUCAAAUACAACGACUGGAACAGGAAAUAUUUAUCCUCCAUCAUACUAUCGACAGUCAUCUGUACCAUCCUAUCCGACUUCGUUACCACCACAACAACAACAACAAUUGACAAGACAAAUAUCAUCAAAUUUUCCAAUGGCAUCCGUUGUUCCUUCAAAUCCCACAACAUCAAAUGUUAAUUCUUCAUCAUCGUCAUCUUCACCUGCUCCUCCUUUCAGAUAA